AUGCUCGUAGCGUUUGCAGGGAAUAGUUUCCUCAUCUACAUCGUGUGGAAGAAACCUGAAGUCAGAUCACUGACAAGCUUUAUGUUCGUCAACAUGGCCAUCGCUGAUUUGCUGGUAACCUUGGUAGUGAUGCCCUGGUCGAUUUCCACAAUAUAUACAGACGGUUUGUGGAUGAUCCCGGGAGUAUUUGGAAAAGUCAUGUGCAAAGGUGUUGUAUACAUUGCCUAUGUCACUUUAACAGCAUCCGUCCUCUGCCUGAUGUUCAUGGCGAUCGACAGGUACUAUGCCAUCGUUCAUCCCCUCCGCCGCCAUCUUUGGUUUCGAAAGCCUAAACUAACCGUUCCAUUUAUUUGGAUCGGGUCACUGGUCUCCAUGUCCAUUUUCCUUGUUAUUCAAGCCGUGGAGGACUACAAUAAUUCUCCCCAUUGCACGCUAUCUGUUUACAUCUUGGGUGAUCCAGAUAGGGCUCUUCAAGGAAUAUACCUACUCCUUUUCGUCGUCAACUAUCUCAUCCCCUUGGUCGUUAUUUCUUUUCUGUAUACCAUCACUGCAUGGAACUUAUGGUUCCAUGAUGCACCUGGAGUGAAUACUUUGAGAGGAAAUCGAGCGCAACUAGAAACCUCCAAGAGAAGAGUGGUUCGGAUGCUCAUUAUUGUUACCUGUGCCUUUGCCCUUUGUUGGCUCCCACCACAAGUGGUCCACAUCAUGUACGUCAUUCACGCAUCUAAGGCUUACCUACAUAUACAGCCGAUUGUCAGCUUUGUGUGUUUUUGGUUUGGACACGCUAACAGUGCCGUUAACCCAUGGCUGUACAUUUUUCUGAGUACCAAGAUAAAUACAGCAUUUACUAGGAUCGUCAGUAGAAAAAGCAGCUGGUUGCCUUCAAGUCUCGCCAUCAAAACAUCAGAUGCCGUCUUACCACCUAAAGAUGAAGCAAUCCAGAAAGAAUCAAGAAUAUAAUCUCUCUCAUAACAUGAAACGUCUAUUACCAAUUUGGUAACUGUAAGAUAGACACUCGCUUAAAACGGGUUUGCUUAUUUCUAAUUAUAUAAUAUAAUACAAACACCUAUAUACGGUUUCAUAAAAGUUACUGUAGUAAUCCGAGUAAUUUCAUGAGAAAUUGAUAAUUGCAACUUAUUUCUAAGAACCGUUCCGUGUAUAUGCAUACCGUUUUCGUGAUAAUAAUUUAAUUUUAACUAGUUCAGAUUAUAACUAACUGUUUUGAAAGGAGAUUUGUAAGAGCCUUCGGCUAUGACAUACACAAUUAAAGCAAAAGAAAUGCUUAUGGACCAGGAAUCGUCUUAUUCCGUUUAGAGUGGAGCGCGAUAACCACUUGGCCACACUAUCUCCCUUAAGGUUGCAAUAUUUGUUCUUUCUUUUUCGUCUGAAUUUGUUCUGGAAUAAUACAAUCUUGAACAACUGAAAAAAAGAAAAGGGAAAAUGAAGCUAAUAUUCAGGGGCUUGGACAUCUCAGAAGAGUACAGAGAAAUAGAGUUCAAUUUUCACAACUAUCCAGCAAAUAUUUUAAUUUUAAUAAUAUUGAGAAAUAAUAAAAUUUUGUCAUCGAUACUAACCAAUCUUUCCUCACAGUUUUCUUAAAUUCUUUAGCAUUCAAUGAUAGUUUCAGCUGAAAUCCAAGUGAGAGCUCUGUGUAAUGCAUAGGGGCCUUAAUUUUGUUUUUUAGGUUUCAAGUGUCAUAGGGACAAAAUGGGGACAAUAGGAAAAAAUGAGAUUUUUAAGGGGAGCUCGGCAAUCCCUCGACAAAAUACCAUAAGAAAAUAUGCACUUUAUUUAAAAACGAGCAAGCAGCUGGGAACAUGAAAAAAUAAUCUGAGACUUCGUUAAGAAUUUGAACAUCAGACCUUCCCAUGGUGCCUCAAAUUACGGAGCUGCGUUACAAGGCAGUCCAGCAUACUGAUAAGAUCGGAAAUCAGUAUUUGCUUGAAUAUUCAUCGAAAACUUUCGAGGAGAUGGGGGAGACUCUGUGACCCUUCGUAGGUGGAGUGGGAGCACUCGCCUCCUCAUAUGUAGUUGUGGCUUGAGUUCGACUCCCCAGUGAUUCUGGCGAUACUUGUGGGUUGACUUGGUUACUGUUUUAUUUCUCUUUCGCCAUCUAAAUUUUUCUCCCAAUAUGGAUAACAUCUAUAUAAUUUUUGGAUUAUCCAGAAAAAAUAAGAAUUCCCGUGAAGAAAAUAACCGCGAUUGCUCUUGGAGAAGAGGUUGAAAAAAAAACAAGGAAAGUCUCAGUGAACACGACGAAACGAGUAUCAAAUUCCUAGAAGAGGCAAUCAAUUGCAUACCUCUGGAAAAUGAGGAUGGAGCUGAUUUUGAAAAUGUCGCUUUCAUUUUUAACCUCCAGCCGGGCAGUUUAUUAUUAUAGCAGGAAAGGGUGACUGGGAAUAUUACUUUUCCGAGGAUGGCAGCAACAAUAUAACCUGUAAAUGUGUCCGCAAACCUUCGCUGAUGUACCUCUGGAACAAAGGCACAUUUGGGUUUUCUAGUAUCACCUUGUUAUUGUUUCUUGCUGAAGUAGUCAUCAAGGCUUUUAGGUCUAAUUAAGUGUUAUCUUGGAGAGCUUAAUAUAGGUAUGUCUCAUUUAGUUGUAUAUUUUACAGUCCCAAACACACUGAUUUGAUACACAGAACGUCAUUGCCUUCGUAGUUCCCGAUCGCUAUGUUUUGAAAGCCGCUCUCGUACAUUAAAUUGUUGAGUACUGAUAAGAAAAUACGGGGAGAUUUUGGAUGCGACCUCCCUUUCAAAAGGCCUCUAUGGAAAAAGAGAGUGUUGUGAAGUGCUAUUACGAUGCAAGGUUUUUUUAAGGUUAGUAUUCAAAGAUUGUACCACUCCUACCCCUUACGAUAGGUUCCAUUGUUGUCUUUCUCCUCUGGCUGUGGAAUUACUCGAACUUGAAAUUUUGUUUCUAAACUGGUCAUUUUGAGUACUUGAUUUUUAGUUUCCUAAAUGUCACUCGUAAAAGUUUUAGCUGACUAUUUUAUAGUCGUUGUGCGAGUCUUGUCAAGUUUAGAAGCCCGCAAGGUCUUUUUCUAAUUUUAACAUUAACAAUAGUUUGUGCUGACUCUAUUUUUGAGACUUGUUUCUCGAACAAAAACGUUCUUCGGUGGUCAUGUUUGGAUGUGUUUAGUGAACUUGUAUAAAAAAUACAUUUGAACGGGUCAGAAUUUUGAACAAGGGGUUAAAUUCUGCAGAGACAGUCAGCGCAUUACCUACAUGUUCACCAAUAAGGUACUUUAGAGCGUGCACUACAGUGAAUAAAAGAGAAAGACAAUUUGGUUAGCUAUAGAAAAUGUAAUAAAGAAGAGGAGAACCAAGAGUCUUGGUGCCUCCUGUUAUAUAGAAGGUUAUAGAAGGUUAUAAAAUGGACAGCUAUCGAAGUUACUCAGACACCCAACUACGAGACUGUUGCCAAAGUCGAAAUAAAAAUGAAGAAAAUUUUGAAGCAAAAAGGAGAGACGUAAACAUCUUUUUUCAUUGUUUACGACACUACAUUUUAUUAUUCAUCGCGGGAAAUGUAUAGAAAAUCCCUGCAUGCAAUGAUGCAUGGUUCUAAAACUUUUCUUACGUAACCCUUUUACUCCCAUCAGAGACCAAGACAGAAUUUCUCCUUACCAAAUCAAUACAAUAUCAAACAGGCAAGUGAUGAGAAAAAAAAAUAUCAGCCAGGGGACUAUUAGUUGAUCCAAUACCAAAUUCUAAGAGCUUACAUCAUAAGAGUUGUAUGGCAAAUAGUAAAGAGAAUAACCAAUGAGAUUUUGGAUGUGAAAGGGUUUAGGGAAACACUGAAGUACCGAGGAAUCCCAAACAAAAAAUUGUUUCAGUUGAUUUCCUAGCCUUUGUUACCUAUUCUGUUCUUUUGACUUUGUGUUUUUGAUUUUAUUUUGGCAUAACAGAAACCCCCAAAUUACUGUGAUAGAGAUUCAGCUUAAAAAAAAAAGCGUUCACAUAUUAAUCAAACGAUGGUGGAGUGUUAACAAGGUUAACAAGCCUCACUCCAAAUCAAAGGCUUGGCAACUAAGUACACAACUGUAAAAUGGCCUACUCAAAGGGAAAUAGAUUGUCUAGAAAUCCUGAAAGACUGCGAACGUCGUGAAAAUGCAUAAUAAAGUACCGUAUUGAUGAAGUAAAUAACACAAUUAUUAGGUCAUUCAAUUCAGCAUCCCGCUGCAUGAUCCUUCACGAUAAAGUUUUAUAGCGAAAAGUGGGGCCUUUCGCUCUGAUGCCGAAUCAUCUCCAAUACAUGGGUUGCGUACUUAUAUAUUUAUGCUAUACAGAUACGGCACGUCUCGAUGAAUCAAUUUCUCCCUUUAGUAAUGUUUGGUCGAGUGGCGUGAAAUACACGUUUUUGCAUACAUUUUGGUGGUUUAUCAGUAACAUAAACCGCCCAAACUGAGUUAGAGUAUUGUCACUGUUCUCGAAAUAAACCAUUUUUCGUUGCAGUAAACACCAGAAAAAACCAGGUGAUGAUGUUUGGUACAUGAAGAGUCCUUUAGGAAAGAACCAUUGGGAAAAUUUAUUUCCAAGGCCGCCAAAAAUUCGGGAAGCGUGGCAGAGUCAUUAACCACUCUGUACGGAUUUCGUCCAUCUCACUUAUCUUUUCAAUGCAAGAUGCAGAGACCUCAAAAAAUUUUGUUGGUCUAUAACAUAAGUGCCAACUUUAAACACUAACCUGGUUUUUUCUACUCGAUUAAUGGCCCCUGCGUGCUUUGUGCUUGAGCCAUAAAUCCGAGCGAAAAAAACUCAGUAAGAGAUAUCUCGUGCUCUCCAAACUUCCCGCGUACAUCCAUACCUCGAUUUACACACGCUAAGCAUGGACCAAUUCUUUAUUAUAACAUAGCAUGCGUUCUUACCCUAUAUAAGUCCUAUUGAGCUACUAUGAACAAAAUCUUUACUUUCGCACGCCCGUGUGUAAUUAAGAUGACGUGAGCAUUUUUUUUACCUGGCUUCAGAGUUUCCGUCCUGUUAAGCUGCGGUGCAGUUUUGCUUCUCUUCAUUUAGUUUGGGUUUUCUAAUUUCUUGUUUGCACCAGGAAAGCGUUAUCCAUCUACAAUGGAGAAUUUCGGGAAAUGUUUUUCUUUAAUUUUUUAUGUGGAAGAGACUUUUAUUAUUCUUUUCUGUGAUCAGCACUUGUCAUGUUCUGCUUACAUUUAAAUACUACCCUGAAUCAGGUGUAGUCUCCAGAAUCACGUUUGAAUCUGAACUGGGAUGUCUUCUUUAAUGGAACUUGGAACUAUCUUAGAUUGAAAAUUUGAAAUACUUCUUCGGGUCAGUGAAAAUAACGAAAUUUUCGAAAAAUGGCUCUCUGCAUUUGGGAUUUAUUUUGGUUCUGGCGCGGACUUUACCCCUGUAAAUUAAAUUAAAGUUAAUUCAUCGUCCACUAUUUCAGCAUGACAGCGCGUAUUACAGAACCGUCUCAUUAUUUUGAAAACUGAUAAGUCUUUUAAGAAUAUCCAUAGUGAUGGCGUAGGCAUUCUGCACUCAAAAAUAGCUGCAUAGUAAAUAGUACACAUAUUUUCAGUAAUUUGAAUAACAAAACGAGGGUACGGAAAGCUACAACGCAAUCUUAGCAAAAUAGGAAAAAAGAUUAAAAAUAAAACAAUUUGGAUUGACGUAAAUCGAAAUUGAAAAUGUAAAUAUUUGAUAGAGAGAUGUCAUCAAGGUGUUUUGGUCGAAUUUUACACAGCGAUCAUCAUGCUUGAAUCUUCACGCAUCGUGGAUUCACUGGACUGCCUCUCUUUUUGAAGUAAGAAACAUUUAAGAAGUGCAAGCGAAAUUAAAUACAGGUUUGUGAAAAGAUUAUGGGUGGACGACACAUUUGAUAUUCGUAAUUUUCACUUAUUUAUUUAGGAUUGUAAGUGUGUGAUAAUUACAACCAUCCAGUCAAUGCUGCCUCAUCAGCGCGUCGAAAGUGUCUUGAAUCGGGAGAUUGUUGUUUCAUUUCUGGUUUGCUCAGCCAUCAUGUCACAAGAGAUAAGCGUAUUUCAUUUAUCGAGCUCAAGUAACUAUCACAGUAUUUUUACAACUUAAACCUCUCCGCUUUGUGCUCAUUUUUGCUAGCAUUUUAAACUGAACGAACAAUGCAGCCACAGGGCUCCAUGCCAAAAUAAACUGAACCUGAUUCAGUUGUAGAUGGUAAGUAUAGCUCCAGGCGUCGAAACAACGUCGGAAUGUCCCAAAGAUACACAGGAUUUAAUGCGAGGACAUCGAGCGAAAUACUGAUUCGAGACACCAAAGACCAACUAUAAUUCCAAACGUAGUUUAUUCGUACUAAUUGUGACUUGAUAUCCAAAACCGUCAAACUAAAAUACAAGUAUCUAAGCGAUACUAAAGGACUGAAACUAAAAUAACUAUUUUAUGACACGAAUACAUAUCAAUUACACGAGCGCAAACACAGCUAACAAUGCAACAUUCGGUAACAGGAAAAGAAAACAAGGAAAUCAAUACAAUAAUACGGUCGCUUACCGAUUGUCCUCUCUGUAACGCCUGAAUGAGUCGCAAUGAACGCAGAAACACUCGCAAUAAGCUCUCUUGUCUAAACUACCGCAAACGACAACGCACGAGGUCUGACAUAUGAUAUCGAAGAAUUAUUGAAGUCAAAUUAAAGAGACAACGAUAGGAAACUAUAUCAAUUAAUUCAUGAAAGAGAGCUUUUCGUGUGUUCUCUAUUAAACAAGUAUUUACUCCGGCACUGUCUUGACCGGCUUUAAACUACCGCGUUUUAUCGAGAGACAAAAUCAGCAAAUCGAUGUCGGAUUUCCAUUAAAAACAAAUAUGAUGCAAAGAAAAUCUUUUAUGAAUUUAGAGUUUUGGUUCUGGCGCGGACUUUACCCCUGUGGUUGCUUCGCUUCAAGCAUAUAUUCUUCUAAAAUUAAAGUUAAUUCAUCGUCCACUAUUUCAGCAUGACAGCGCGCAUUGCAGAACCGUCUCAUUAUUUCAUUGUCAUGGAUCUGUCAAAAAUACGUGAGAUCAUUUGCAUGCAAUUAAACUUCGAUAGGAGGGCUAUGAGGUAAAAAUAAAAUUGACCUGAAGGCAACGGUUCCAUAACGGAAUUUUGACAUUAAAGUGAUCCGAAAUGUGACGUGUGCUUUCCCAUGAUUAUGCAGGCUAUGAAAACACAGUGUAAGGCAACAAAUUUAUGUGGAAUUUGUCUCCACUUUCUGUGCAUUGUUACGAUCAACUACCAUCGAAUUCUAAAUGACAAGCCUUGCGUUGAAAGACGCCAUUGACUCAAGGUUAAAUUAUGGUUUUUUUACUUAACUUAAUUGCGUGUUAUUUGCAAAGUGCAUUAUUUUUUGUCGAACUAAUAGAGCCCACUGAAGGUCUGUCAUUGAUUCACAGCUGUUCAUGAUCAAGAACAAACCGACAAAUUCACAAAGAAGAAAAGUGACAUACUUAGAACAUAAUUUCGCAUUUUCCCCAGAUUUGCAUUUUCCUAUAUUAAAAUUGUUCAUUCUACCGAAGGGUAGUUUCUCUUUGGUUCGUCACACUGUUCUUGAGACCACUUGGCUAAUUACUUACUCAUUAAAAUGAGUUUUAAAAUACGGAGCACCUGCCUUAAGAUUCGCGAGGAAGUGCAAAACCUCCUUUUUGAGUAAAUCUUGAAUUUCCGCAUGUAAAGAGGGUUUCCUUUUUUUUUGUUUGUUUUGUUUUACUCAAGUUUAUGAAUUAAAAUCAACGAGGAGAUCUAAAGCAAAAAUUAUUCAUAGAACGGACUGUAAAUGACAUGUGACAUAUCCUAAUUCGAUUGUAAAUGAAUAAUUGUCCCUAUUCAAUAAAUUAUGGGUAACAUCCAUAAAAAAAUACUAUGCCUCUAUGUAACUCAACACACAUCUAUCAUAUAAGGCUCACUUUGAAGACAAAUAGCUUCUAAAUGGUGUUCAUAAGUUUGACAUCUUGACUGAGCUCUAAGUGAUUUUUUUUUUUUUUUUUGCUCUUUAGAGCGGAAGACGUAAGCCAGUGUUUACGUGCCUUGGAAAUCAAUAUGAGGCAUGUUGGAUUUGAGAUCCAUUUGAGAACUCCCACAUGUAAACGUUUAUGUCUGAUAUUCCUUUCCGGCUGUCGAGAAGAGAUGCAACCGAGACCCGCAUCAAUAUUCAUAUCAAGUCAUUUUGAAAUGGUUAAAAACAGAGGUGAUCAGGAAUAUGCUCUUUAGUUCAUCAGGGUUCAUCAGUCUCGGGCCACUGAAUUCUAUCUCCAAAGGUAUACCGUGUUUCUUAUUUUAGAUCAACCUGAAAAAACGCUUGGAUCAGUGCGGUUGAAAUGUAAAUUUUACCCUUUUUUUAAUCUUCCUUUAGUACUAAGAGGCUACAAGUCUAUUUGCUGACAGCGGACUUCAGUGCAUUCUAUCGCAGGUACGUUGAGUUGCCAUGAGACGUUCAACGCUUCUUAACUGACAAUAAUUUGGAGCAAAACAAGUUGACUUUGUAAGGCGAAUAUAUCUGCAGAUUGAUUUCCUGUUUCCAAACUAAUACUAAUAACGUUACAGUCCAUCAAAAAUAGUUAUAUACAUGCGCCAAUGGUGUCUUUAAUAGGAUAUAAUACAUUUUUUAUCGUUUCUUUCUGAUAAUUUUUGUUAUUGGUAUUAUGCGAACAAAUGAAGGAACCGUGUAGGAAAUUGAAAAUAAUAAUAAAAAAAACUGUCUCUGAAAGUUAUCUUUAUUCAUCGGGACGGAAAACGACAAAUGAGAACAUGACAAAUUAGAAACGAUUUCGUCCUCAAGGCAAACCAACGACGAAGACCAGUAUUUAUAUAUUUUAAGGAUGGGAAUACUUAAUAAUUCUAUGCAGAAAUGCUUAACCAUGACUUCAUUGCUAAGGGUGCGUUCCUUUGGGAGGAUCCGGAUUUAGAUUUGUGAUACAAGAUCGCACAGUGCAUGAAAGGAACGACGUUUCAGACGAGCUCUCAGAGAAUUCCAAAAAGUACGCUAUUUUAAGACUAAGCACGUGGGUUAGUGAGCUCUUCCCUGAAGGGUUCGUCUUAUUGCACGGGCUUUUAGCACGCACUAUUCAUUCGAAGCACAUUUUUUCAUGGUAAACUGAAACGAUGGAAUUAAAACAGAAGCAAAUAUUGAUUACGAUAUGGAUACUUGGGAACCCUGAAUGACUGCAAUCAGUGGCCGAUCGAUUCAACAUUACAAAAUCGAUUUUAUUUCGAGUUUAUGGCAGAAUUUGUGGAGCGAUUGCCAACAAUCUUUCCGGUCAAUAUAUCAAGUACCUACGUGUUUAAAAUUGAGCACCGCUGGGCAAAAUGAUUAAUGUCGGAUCCUUCGCCCAAAGGAACGCGUUGGAUCAGUGAUGUAAUGAUCCGUCUUUAGAUCACGCAGAUCAGUGAUCCAAUGAAUUCUUGUCCAGAGUGGAUUUGAUAGAUCACUGAUCUGAAAAUGGAUUUGCUCGAAAGGAGCGCACCCUAAGAUUUUUUCACUAAGGUUAUUUAUGGAGAAAAUCCAAAUGUCCAGCUGCAUUCAUUUUCCUGUUUCUAGUAUUUCUGUUCCUGUUCACAGCUUCAGUGACGUCCUGAAAUAUCAUCGACACAACCAAUAUGAACUUUGUUUUAAAAAAAAAUUAAAUGUUUUAUUUCCUUUGAAUUCACAAUCAAUUCCUCUCACCACACCCCAGGUUGGUAUCGAAUAAGAUUUUAGGGGGCCAUGGGUGUUCCCUUUACUGAUUAUUUAUUCAGUAAUAAUAGUCUUAUACUAUUAAACUUGAGCAACAGAAAAAACAGGAACUAAAGAUGAAACCAGAUGCAGAGUGGAUUGUUAUUACAGUCCUCUACGCCAUCACGAUGCUCGUAGCGUUUACAGGGAAUGGUUUCCUCAUUUACAUCGUGUGGAAGAAACCUGAAGUCAGAUCACUGACAAGCUUCAUAUUCGUUAACAUGGCCAUCGCUGAUUUGCUGGUAACCCUGGUUGUGAUGCCUUGGUCGAUUUCCGCAAUAUAUACAGACGGUUUGUGGAUGAUCCCGGGAUUAUUUGGAAAAGUCAUGUGCAAAGGUGUUGUAUACAUUGCCUACGUCACUAUAACAGCAUCCGUCCUCUGCCUGAUGUUCAUGGCGAUCGACAGGUACUAUGCCAUCGUUCAUCCCCUCCGCCGCCAUCUUUGGUUUCGAAAGCCUAAACUAACCGUUCCAUUUAUUUGGAUCGGGUCACUGGUCUCCAUGUCCAUUUUCCUUGUUAUUCAAACUGUGGAGGACUACAAUAAUUCUUCCUAUUGCAUGGUAUCUGUUUACAUCUUGGGUGAUCCAGAUAGGGCUCUUCGAGGAAUAUACCACCUCCUUUUCGUCGUCAACUAUCUCAUCCCCUUGGUCGUUAUUUCUUUUCUAUAUACCAUCACUGCAUGGAAUUUAUGGUUCCAUGUUGCACGUGGAGUGAAUGCUCUGAGAGGAAAUCGAGCACAACUAGAAACCUCCAAGAGAAGAGUGGUUCGGAUGCUCAUUAUUGUUACCUGUGUCUUUGGCCUUUGUUGGCUCCCACCACAAGUGGUCCACAUCAUGUACGUCAUUCACGCAUCUAAGGCUUACCUACAUAUACAGCUGAUUGUCAGCUUUGUGUGUUUUUGGUUUGGACACGCUAACAGUGCCGUUAACCCAUGGCUGUACAUUUUUCUGAGUACCAAGAUAAAUACGGCAUUUACUAGGAUCGUCAGUAGAAAAAGCAACUGGUUGCCUUCAAGUCUCGCUAUCAAAACAUCAGAUGCCGUCUUACCACCUGAAGAUGAAGCAAUCCAGAAAGAAUCAAGAAUAUAA